AUGGAAGAUCUAAUUAAAAAAUACCAAUAUCUCCAAUCAACUCGACAAGAUUCACCAGGACCAGAUAUAAAUCAAAAUACAUAUGCAAGAAAUUUAACAUCUGAUAAUAAUUCUUCGAAAUAUUCAAAAUCAUCUCCAAUAUCAAAUGAUAAAGUAGACGCAUCUGCUUGUUCUUCUACGUCAUCUAAUGAAUCAUCAUUGACUUUAACCUCUGAAGAGGCUUGUAAAGUGUGUUUAGAUGCUGAAGCUAAUUGUGCAUUUAUUGAUUGUGGUCAUAUUGUAUCAUGUUUAAAUUGUGCAAAAUUAUUAACUAGAUGUCCAAUAUGUCGUGAAACUAUAAAACGAACAUUACGCAUUUACAAAUCAUAA